AUCCAUGCCUGUUGCAAUAAAAGUAAUACAGCCAGACAGAUCGGCAAAUGUGAGUCCCGAACGGAAAGAAAAAUUUCAGAGGGAAGUCCUUUUGCUAUCUAAAGUGAAGCAUGACAACAUUGUGAAGUUUAUUGGUGCAUCCAUGGAACCAGCAUUGAUGUUAGUUACAGAGCUAAUGAGCGGUGGCACCCUUCAGAAGUACUUAUGGAGCAUCCGACCACAUUGUCCAGAUCUGAAACUUUCUCUAAGUUUUGCAUUGGGAAUCUCUCGAGCAAUGGAGUAUUUGCAUGCAAUUGGCAUUAUUCACCGCGAUCUGAAGCCAAGUAAUUCUCUGCCUAUCUCGUAG